UGGUUGUCCACGGGGACAUAUGUUGUGUCAUUAUGGGUCUUAUUUCGAGACGCGUUUUGUAACACUGGUUUCCAAGUUGGUGGCAGAGCCCAACCCACUCACCCUGAUGAAGGACUUCCGAAUGGUCCGAAACUAGUCGGUACCGACACCGACAAAAACUCCCAACAAACGGCCAGGGCUUAUUUGACUUCGAUAACAUGAUGAACAACCUAUUUCCCAGCUUACAAAAAGGCACAGGAACCUCUUCAUCAAGUUAUCCACAUACUCCUCCAGCUAAUAGCCAGUUGAACAAUCCCGGUGGAAGUAUUUGGAAUAAUGGAAACGACAAUUCAGGGUCGAAUAAUCCGGGCAAUUCGCAAUAUUACCCUGGCAACGGUGUUCAGGGUAUAAAUAAUGGUGUAGCGGCAAGGCCGGGCAGUGGUUGGAAUCAACUUGGAAAUUUAAACAAUCAAAAUGGCCAGUUACAGGGUAAUCAUCCACUAACGGAUACAGGAAGGGGUUGGAACAGACCACCGGCAGCCGGGGCUGACUACCCUGCUCAGGGUUCGGGAGGGAACUACCCAGGUUACAAUAAUAAUAAUUGGAACAGCAACAGACGACCAAACACACAAUAUCCCGCAGGAGUGAACUAUCCACAAAACGGAAUUCAGGCUGGGAACACUCAGUACCCACAAAAUAACUGGAAUGGCGAUGGGAGAAAUCCUAAUAUGAAUUAUCCUGCUCAAGGAUAUCCCGAUGAGAAAAUUCAGAAACUCAACCCACCCUACGGGAACGCUGGCAAACCGUGGAACAACGGCAAUUUAAAUUCCGGAAUCAAUUACCCAGGGGAUGCACAAUCGUACCCUACGAAUGGUUACCAGAACCAAGGCUUUGGAAAUAAUCCACGAGGAAUAAACGGCCCCGGUCGACGUCCGUUAGUCCCGGGAAACGUUCGACAAGGUCCUGUUAAUGUAGGACGAGGUGGUAAUCAGGACGCUUACAAUCCACAGGAAUAUGCAGGCCAUCCACAACAGCCUUCUUAUUAUUUAGAUGAAAACAGAGCCCCAUUAGUGAGUAAUUCGACUGGAAAAACAGAGGCAAAGCAGUCAAAUAAUAGCGACAAGAAAAGUUUACCGAAUCCUAAGAGUGCUGCAGCUGUUAAAAAAGACACCGUAUGAAGAAGACGUAAACAGAAAACUUUAAAUUGAAUGGAAUUAAUAAAAGAUUUAAUGUGA